UGAGACAGGAGAGUAUAUUAGAAUAUAAGCAUAAAUUAUGACAAGAAGAAGGAAAUUCUAAACUUGAAGUAACACAAAUUGUACAUAAUAAAGGGUUAAUAAUGAAGGAGGUGAAUUGAGAGGUGGCAAGUUUAUGUGGGCAUUAUGAGAAUUGAGAGUGAGUAUCCAUACGUUCCAUGCGAAAUCUCAUCUCCAUUCUCCACCCAAAAAAAAUGGCAUUUUUCUCUUCCAUAUUUUCUUCUUUCCCAAAUGAUUUGUCAUCCUUCUCCGGUCCUCUCUCCCUCCUCUCCCAAAGGGUCCUUCGAUCUUCUUCCCGGAGGACCCUUCUUCCCUCUCCCCGCCAUCGCCGUCUAAUUCCUUAUCCGGCCGCCUGUACGCAAUUAAUCAUUGACGUCAUACAACAACAUUGUUUAACGCUAGCUGCAUUUGCGUAUUUGAGUUUGCGUGAUCUGAUCUGAUCGUCUUCAUAAUAUAGGUGUUGAAUUUGAUGAUGCCGUGAGAAUUGAGAUGAUAAUAUUGAGAGUUUUUCACUUUUUUUCUAGCUGAUCGGCGUCUGAUCUUCACUUGCAGGAAUUAAAAACCGCAGCACAGGAUCGAGAAAUGAGCUGCUUCCCAUGUUUUCAAAAUAAUCAAAACGUAGCCGACAAGGAGCAGCGGGAGCAGCUCCCCGUCGCUCAGCCGAGAGAGCUCGAUACCGCGGACGACGGCGCUCCCAAGCAGGAGGCUAGUGCGGCAGCGCCACCGGGUGACGCCGCCGCAGACAACAAGGCUGAAGCUACUGAGGGCGGCGGAGAUUCCAACCUCAGAACCUUCAAUUUCCGAGAGCUUGCCACUGCAACAAAGCACUUCAAACAGGAAAGCCUAAUAGGCGAAAGUGGAUUUGGAAAAGUGUUUAAGGGAACACUUCCAGAUGGCCAGGUUGUGGCUGUGAAGCGACUAGACAGGACAGGAGGACAUGACAGCAAGCAGUUCUCUAUGGAGGUCCUGAAGUUGACCCAGCUUCACCACCCUAAUCUGCUAAAUCUUGUUGGCUAUUGCGCUGAUGGAGAACAAAGACUUCUGGUGUAUGAAUACACUCCCAAUCAUAGUCUUCAAGACAAUCUUUUUGACCUUCCAGAGGAUAAAGAGCCAUUAGCUUGGCUGACCAGAAUGAAGAUAGCUUCAGGUGUGGCCCAAGGGCUUGAAUAUUUGCAUGAAAAGCCCAAGCCUCCCAUCAUAUAUCGCGAUUUGAAAUCCUCAAGCAUUUUAUUGGACGAAAAUUUGAGUCCUAAGCUUUCUGAUUAUGGUCUUGCUAAGCUCGAGGGUGGAGGAAACAACUCACUUUUGGCACCAAAAACCGGGUAUUAUGCACCGGAAUAUGAACAGACGGGUGAACUCACGUUGAAGUCAGAUGUCUAUAGUUUUGGAGUUGUUAUGCUUGAGCUUUUAUCAGGCCGUCGAGCUAUGGACCCUGAAAAACCAACAGAAGAGCAAAGCUUAGUCGAGUGGGCACAACCCAUUUUCAGGGAUCCAAAGCGGUUCCCGGAAAUUGUAGAUCCACAACUGAAGAAGGCAUAUCCGAUGAGAAGUUUAAACCAAGCAGUCGGCGUUACGGCCAUGUGUCUGCAAGAAGAAUCAUCGGUUCGCCCCUUGUUCGAUGAUGUCAUCGCCGCUCUCAGUUUCCUCGCAGUGGAGACAAACGAACCGCUCGCCUCGUCUAUUCCGGACCCCGAACCUCCACCAGCAAAGAAAACUCGCGGAGAGUCCUCCUCGGACGACAGUGACGGCGAAAGCGACCGCGAUCGCGACCGCGGCAGCGGAAGAUACGACGACGAAAGAUCAGAUGCCGAAGAAGACGGAAACGGUUCAGAUUACUCUGAAUACACCGAUGACGAUGAAGGUGAAGAAUACGAAGAAGAAGAAGAAUACGAAGAAGAAGAAGAAGAGGAGGAGCAAGAAGAACCCUCGAGAAAUAAAGACGAUGCCGAUGAUUCUUCCGAUGGAGACAGCGACAAGCUGAGUUUUUGUUACAGCGUACAUAUGAGAUCCAACAGCAUUUCGGAAUCACAUGAUGGUGAAAGUCCCAAAUCCAAUUUACGGCUGGAAAACAGUUUAAAGUAAUGAUCCUUAGCAUUCAGUGAUGAAGAGAAAUCUUAACGUCCAAAAUAUUCAUUUUCUUCUUUAAUUUUUGGUGGCCAUCAAGGCAUCGAGGCUAUACAUACAUCCAUUUUGAUUCAAUUCGUUAAAACAUUUAUUU